AUUGCUUCGCCUUCAGCAGAGCAUUGUCUUUUGGGCGUCCAGCUUGCCAUACAAAAACAAAUAUGGCGUCUUCUGCGGAUGUCCACGUCCGAAUUUGUGGACAAGAAAUUAUUAAAUAUGACCUAGAAAUUAAGGCUCUCAUUCAGGACAUCAGGGAUUGUCCUGGACCUCAGUCAGCUCUCAUGGAUCUCAACUCUCAGGUCAAAGAGAAGUUCAACAAGCUCAGACUCAGGAUACAGGACCUGGAGCAGAUGGCCAGAGAGCAGGACAGAGAGUCGGAAGGACUGGCCAUCCAGGCAGAGACAGAGAGCCACCGAAGGCAAAUGCAGAGUAACCAGACCGCGUGGAGGAAAUCCAACCUGGCAUGUAAACUAGCCAUAGACAACACGGAGAAGGAUGAGCUGCUGCACAGAGGAGAAAACCAGAGCAUCAGACAGAGGAAGGCGACCAAAGAAAGCCUAGUGGAAACCAGUAGCAACAUCACAGAGAGUCUGAUGUCUGUCAGCAGGAUGAUGUCUGAGCAGGUGAAGCAGACCGAGGACACUAUCGGCACGCUGGUCACCUCCUCCAGGACAGUGCAGGAAACCAAUGAGGAGUUUAAAAACAUGACGGGAACCAUCCACCUGGGAAGGAAACUCAUCCUGAAGUACAACCGACGGGAGCUGACAGACAAGCUGCUCAUCUUCCUGGCUUUUGCCCUCUUCUUCGCCACCGUCCUCUACAUCCUCAAGAAACGUCUCUUCCCCUUCAUUUAGCCAACUGGCUGCUAGUUCAUGGCAGCACACACCCAGCCUCCAGGAGUAAUGUUUUCCGCAGGAGUGGAAGCAUGGACUGCAUGGAGACUUGAGACUGGACUGCCCCACAUAGAGGCGGUGUCAGGUGUUUCAUCUUGUUUAGCACCCUCAUUUUUAGCUUGAACAAUAUACAAUAUGUGGGUUUAUAAAAUGGGCAGGAAGGCACUUAAUACUCCAGACGAAAGUAAAAAGAGUAAACUUGCAUUAGGUUUCAUGUAACAACAGUGAUAGGUUUAAAACCUCAGCAUGCUUCAAAACUAAGUUUGUACAAUGCAUUGUUCAGCCCUAUUCAUAGUUUUUCUACUUUUUGCAAAUGGCCACCGGGAAGAAAAACCUACUGUCGUAGCUUGCUCCUGGCUGCUACACACCCCCUCCCUGAUCUCUCUCUCUCUAAGAACUCUACAGCUUUUGAGUGACUGCAUGGUGUCGAUGCAAUGAUUCAUACAAAUCAGGAUAAGAGCGCACACACUUUCACACAGUCUCUCCUCAAAGGUAUUGAUGGUGCUGCAUGAAAAGAGACGCCAAAAGAAGAGAAGUGCACUGAGAGACGUUAAAAUCUGGCUUACUUUCACACUUGUACAUGAAGUUGGCUUGACUGUUUUAGAAAAGCACUUCGAAGCAUACUGAGGCCUUAAUACUUCCUCUGGCAUUCAGAACUAACCAGGGUCGAGGCCGUAGUAUGCUGCAACUCUCCAAUUGUUUACAUUUGUCAAAUUACAAUCGGUGUGUGUGUGUGUGUGUGUGACAGAAAGUUAUUACAAAGACGCUGUUACAGUUUUUGACGAGUUUACCGUGUGCCUUUCUUCUUUCCAAUCAGACCUCCAGACUACUGAAACCAGAAACCCAGUAAAUUCUUGUGAAGUGCAUCUGCCAUGUUGAGUCAGAGACUAUGUGACUGUAUCUGUUUUCUAUAUUAAAGUUUAAUAUUUGCAACCUA